UGUCGGGAACCGGCAAGUGUUGCCAUGGCCCCCGCGGAAUACUGUCAGACCAAUAGGCGGGUGCGAAGCACUCUUACGGACAGUAUAAAUAUUUUGAGCUGGAGGCAUCGUUACCAGCUGAUAUUUUCCUUCCUCAGGACCAGCUGUCCAGCAGCAUCCCGGACCGGAGCCAGACACAUUCGGGACUUGGAUCUGACCAAGGGCGGCAGCAGCAGGGCUUGGGCAGCGAUGUCGGUGGUAGAAGAAAGCCGGCCCUUCGCUCAGCAGCUCUCUAACGUCUACUUCACCAUCCUCUCCCUGUUCUGUUUCAAGCUCUUUGUGAAAAUCAGCCUCGCCAUCCUCAGUCACUUCUACAUAGUGAAAGGCAACCGCAAGGAGGCGGCCCGGAUAGCGGCUGAAUUUUACGGAGUAACCCAAGGACAAGGUUCCUGGGCAGAUCGGUCACCACUUCAUGAAGCAGCAAGUCAAGGUCGUCUUCUUGCUCUGAGAACAUUAUUAUCACAGGGCUAUAACGUCAAUGCAGUAACCAUAGACCACGUCACCCCAUUACACGAGGCCUGCCUUGGAGAUCACGUGGCCUGUGCCAGGACACUUCUGCAAGCUGGAGCUAACGUAAAUGCGAUCACCAUAGACGGUGUGACCCCGUUAUUCAAUGCGUGCUCACAAGGCAGCCCCAGCUGCGCAGAACUGCUUCUGGAAUACGGCGCCAAACCCCAGCUGGAGUCCUGUCUUCCCUCCCCUACACACGAGGCCGCCAGCAAAGGUCACCAUGAGUGUCUGGAAAUCCUGAUAUCCUGGGGCAUAGAUGUUGAUCAAGACAUUCCUCAUCUGGGAACCCCUCUGUAUGUGGCUUCUAUGUCUCAGCAGUUCCACUGUGUCCGGAAGCUUCUUUACACUGGCGCUGACGUACAAAAAGGCAAAUAUUGGGAUACCCCAUUACACGCUGCUGCUCAACAGUCCUGUACAGAAAUUGUAAACUUACUGCUAGAAUUUGGAGCGGACGUCAAUGCCAAAAACACAGAGCUUCUGAGACCUGUCGACGUAGCGACCUCUAGCAGUUUGGUGGAAAGAUUACUGCUUCAGCAUGAAGCUACCCCAAACUCUCUGUGCCAACUUUGCAGACUCUGUAUCAGAAACUACAUUGGAAGACCAAGAUUACACCUUAUCCCACAGCUGCAGCUGCCAACAUUAUUGCAGAAUUUCUUACAGUAUCGAUAAGGCAGUAAAAUAAUUCUAAAUGUUUGAAAAUCAAAAAUUUCUAUUUCAUCUGCAUAGUGUAUAUUUCAUAUUAAAAUAUGCUAAAGAUAGGGUAAAGAGAUAUGAGAACACCCUGGAGAAGAAGUGAAAUAAGCAAUUUUAGUUAACGUGUACUAGUACAUACUAUUGUUUUAUGCAUUUUUACUGUUUUUGAACUAUAGUAUGUUUUAAAUAUCUAUAUAUUACUAGCUAUUCCCAUAUAGCCCUUUGUUGAUUUAGAAAAAAAUGAGAAAUUCACCAUUUCAUUUUUAGAAUGAAACAGAAAAUGUGAACCCUUACUGAAAGUAUCUGUAUAUUAUAUUUUUAAAGGUCUAUAUUUUUCAAAUAACGUGUUAGCUUUUAAAUUUUGGCCUCUGUAAUUGAUUAUCUCUGUAUUUUUUAUAUUAAUACAAAAUAUGAGUAUGGUUUAGAAAAGAGUAAGUCAUAUCCUUUUUGAAAUAAAGUUGACUCUCAUUCAGGAAACCCACCCUGUUAGAUGUACACUUGUCAUUAUAAUGAUUAAUUCAGUAAAGAAAGGAUAAAUUGCCCCUUCCCUGCAAAGAUCCCACUGGUCACUUCACCGCUUUAAAUGGACCUAUUUCAGAAACUGGUAGGACUAAAACGGUCACUACUGCCCUCUCACCCUGAGAACUUUGGAACAUUACACACCUGCUCAGACUAUCUGAGGACCCUCUCCUUCUCAAGGGUGGCCUCUCAAGGUUUCCCUUCUGUGCUUUUACACGUAUCACUCCGGCCUUCCCCCAGUUCAGAGACUGCUGAUAGCUGGUGAUACCUGGACCCAGGAAAAUGAACUUCAUAUCUAGUUGAUAAAGAGACCCUGGGUCACACUUCAGGGAUCAGGGCAGUCCAAGGCUAUAGAAAAUGGAAGAAGAAAAAUGCCUUAAAUUGUGGGGUUUUCAAAGAAAGGGACAAGGGGGUAUCACUUAGCAAAUGUAGAAAACUUAGAAAAUGUACGCUCUCUGUGGACCUUCAUUGUGGUGUUCCUAACCCUUCUUACACAAAGCAAGGGUUCUGCGUAGACUGUACUGCAAGGGAAUGCUGUACACCAGAAGGUAUUAGUGUAGCGGUGUCCCCUGCAGGGGUUUAUUCUCUUCUGCUUAACUGUACUUGAGUGCGAUGUAAAACAUAAUUUAAAAAAUUAAAUAAAAAUUUAAAAAAAGUC